CGCGAGAGUAGGCACAUUCAGGGAUGGUCGUACUUCUCUAGCGUCCAUUCCCUCGCUCUCCUAGCCCCUCGGCUACUUUGUGUGUCGGGGACCCCUCCUGCGCACGUGUACACGAAGAAAUGUGUGACACACCAACUUACUGUGACCUAGGAAAGGCUGCCAAAGAUGUCUUCAACAAAGGAUAUGGGUUUGGUAUGGUUAAAAUAGAUCUUAGAACCAAGUCUUGCAGUGGAGUGGAAUUUUCCACAUCUGGUCAUUCAUACACUGACACAGGUAAAGCUUCGGGUAAUUUGGAAACGAAGUACAAGAUCUGUGACUAUGGGCUUACCUUCGUUCAAAAAUGGAACACAGACAAUACCCUGGGGACAGAAAUCAGCAUGGAGGAUAAAUUGGCUGAAGGUUUGAAGGUGACUCUUGACACCAUAUUUGUACCAAACACAGGAAAGAAGAGUGGGAAAUUAAAGGCCUCCUAUAAGCGGGACUGUUUCAGUCUUGGUGGAAAUGUUGACAUUGAUUUCUCUGGACCGACUAUCUAUGGCUGGGCUGUGUUGGCUUAUGAAGGAUGGCUUGCUGGCUAUCAGAUGAGUUUUGACACGGCCAAAUCCAAAUUGUCUCAGAAUAAUUUUGCCCUGGGUUAUAGGGCUGUUGACUUUCAGCUACACACAAAUGUGAAUGAUGGCACUGAAUUUGGAGGGUCGAUCUACCAAAGAGUUAAUGAGAAGAUUGAAACGUCAAUAAAUCUUGCUUGGACUGCUGGCAGUAACAACACCCGUUUUGGCAUUGCUGCUAAGUACAAGCUGGAUCAAAGAACUUCUAUAUCUGGUAAAGUGAAUAAUGCCAGCCUUAUUGGACUUGGUUAUACUCAGACACUCCGAGCAGGUGUAAAAUUGACACUUUCAGCUUUAAUUGAUGGAAAGAACUUCAAUGCAGGAGGUCAUAAGGUUGGGUUGGGAUUUGAAUUGGAAGCUUAAUAUAGUUUUUAAGUAAAAUAUCAGAUCUAUUCCUGGAAAUGAAGAGAAAUGAACCCACUCUGUUUUGGCCUUAAUAUUCUUCUGUGAAAUUUCAACAAUGUGAACUUUUUAUUCUUCCAAAGAAUUGUUGUAGCGCCACCACGCUGAAGUCUAGAGGUUUUUGAGUCUAUUAUAAGAGAGAGAUACUUGAAGGCAUGCAUGGAAGUUGUAAUGUUUGUGCCACAUUUCAGUUCGGUUUCUCAGUGUUAUUUUUAAAUUUGUUUUUCAACGACAGUUGUAGUGUCAUGUUAUAAAGGAAAUGACCUGAUCCUCCAGUUUGUACAUCACGUCCUGCAUGUCCUUACACCACUUUUUCAUGACCUUUUAUCAAAUUGGUCUCUGUGCUAUAGUGAAAGCUUUGGUUUUGCAUCAGAGUAAAAUAAAUUCAUCACAUUUGGAACAUUA